AUGGCAUACUCGCAUAAUCCUGAUAUGUUUCGCUGGAAAAGAUUCACGGAGACUAAAACCCCCACUGCAAAUAAGGUAAGGCACAGUAAUGGGGAUAUUGACCAAUGGCUGAAGACAAUGGAAAUGGCCUCAGACUUUGCAUUGACUGAGGUGUUUUCCCUGAAGAAGGCCCAUUCUGGGAUAAGCAGCCAGACAAUGGCACUAAAAAAUACAGAGCAGCUGCUGGAUCAUGACAAAGCAUACGGGGAAGCUCAGGCUCUUCUUAGUGAUUGGAUGAACAGCAAGUUGCGUCUGGAACUGGAGAUAGAGGAGGAUGUGAUUGUCUCCCCUGAGAAGAACAGUCCAGCAGCCAUGGCACCUGCCCAGCCUGUCUCCCUGGACUACAGUAACUUUGAUGACCUGUAUUCCCACCUGGCUGAGGAGGAGGAGAGCUCAAUGGUCAAGAACUUCCUUCAAGACCUCAUGGAGUGGGAAGUGGUGGAUUCUGGGAUAGUGCAGGAUCUGGCACUAGACUCAGAAGAGCGAGACAGGAGGAAGAGAAGGGGGAUGGGCCUCACCUUGGAGGCUCGUCAAUGACAGGUAUGUGAGAACCGUGCAAUGCGGGAUGCGGAGUGGGAGAGGCUGCACAGGGAAAGGGAGGUGCGGAGGCAGGCCAGGGAGGAGGCGCAGAGGAGGGAGCAGGAGGGGGAGAGGCGGAGGAGGAGGGAGGUGCGCAGACAGGAGGAAAUGGUGCAGCAGGAGAUGGUGCGACUGCGCCGUGAGAUGGAGGAGAGGAGGAACCUGGAGCAGCUAACCAGGUUCGCUAAACAACAGGACAGAGAGAGACCAGAGUCACACAGACUACAGACUCCGAUGCUCAACCUGCAGUGUCUACAGAGGCACUUCUCUGGCUGGUACUGUGUGCUGUUGGAGAGGAGGGUGCGGAUGGGCAAGGCGGCGGCGCUCUGUGAUUGGAAGAGGGAGCUGAUGGCAUGGCGGGCGCUGGUAUGGGCAGGGAGAGAGCAGAGGGAGGUGGAGAGAACAGAGGAGGAGCUACAAAUCCAGAACAGACGCUGCCAGGUGGCGAUGGAGAGUGACCGGAGGCGUAUGCUAAGGCGAUGCCUGAGUGAUUGGCGGUUGUGGUGUCGGGCGGAGAGAGGACACCGGGAGCUGUUUGCACAGCAGGAAGAAACACGGUACAAGAUUGCCUCACUGAUCAAUGCUGUGGCAACUGGGAAACUUAAGGCUCCUGAGACACCUGCUCCUGAGCAAAUUACAGCCCUUCCUGAGACUUUUGACCAAUCACAGACCACAGAACUGAAAGGUCAGGUGGGGUCACGACCUGCUGGCCGCCCCUCUCCUUCCUGUCAAGGUAACGGACAGCUGGGGGCUGUGGUCCAGCCCACCCUUCCAUGGCAGGUGACACGGCGUCAUGCGGCUCUGAGUGGAGGUGAGCGAUCAAAGGAAAAGCGAGCACGGCAGAGGGGUGAGGUGGGUGAGGAAGGUGGGGAUGGCGGUGUAGGUGCUGUCCCCCGUUCUCGUAGUGCAGAGUUGCGUUUUGAGCGUCGCCACUCCAGCCAGCAAUAGACCAUCACAGUGCAGAGGAGGCUCCUCCGGGAACAGCAGGAGCAGAUCGCACGCCUGCAGGAGAUGGGAUUGAAGCAGGAGGCACAGAUUGCUCAGUUUUCUGUCCCAUCAGCCCAAGGGCCCAGAGGGAUGACCUCUGACCACAAAGAACCCAGAACAACACCAAAAUGUAAGUACCUAGCCUUUACCCCUGUUUUUUUCUAUUAUCUCCCUUCCUUGUUCUCUCUCCCCCUCUCUCCCCCUUCAACAGCCAUGGAGGAACAUGCUCGUCAGCGAGCGGAGCGCAGGAGGGAGGUGGAGGAGCUGAAGACAAAGAAGGAAGAGGAGAGAAUAGCCCAGCUGAAAGCAGCAGAGGAGGAGAGGCAGAAGGAGGAGGAGGAACAGAAAGGUAGAGCAGCUGAAAGGAGAAGGGAGGAGAAGAGACAAGAGAGAGAGAGGGAGCAGGAGAACCAGAGGAGGUUUGAGCGAGAGCAGCAGCUCCAGACCCAGGCCCAGCAACACUACCAUAGAACUCUGUUACUACGGCGAGGCCUGGCCCCAUGAAAGCGCAGAGUCGCCAUGAGCCAAGCCAAUACUCAGCUGGCCAGGGCUCAUCACAGGCAGUCUCUCCUGAAACGGUGCAUCCUGUCCUGGCAGCAAGUAACAGGCGAGUCCCUGGCUCAUAAAUGGGCCUCUGCCAAACGACUGCAUCAACAUAUCCUGCUACGGAGGAGCCUGGGCAACUGGAAAAGGCUGAAGGACCACCGCAUGGUUGUAGAGGGGCGGACCGACCGGUUCUGGCGCAUGCACACUCUGAGGAGGGCUCUGAUCGAGUUACUAGAUCACGUGACCCAGGAGAGGAUGGUAGAGUGGGACAGGGAGCAGCAGGCUCAGGGACACAGUGAUAGGCGGGCGGUGCGGAGUUGUUUCCAGGCCUGGAGACGGUAUCCAGAGUGGCUGCGUGAGGAGAGAGAAACCAGGAGGGAGAAGCUGAGACGCAGAGUGGCAGAGGUCCUACCUGACUUUCGCUCCUCUCCUCUGAACUGUCAAUGGGGACAAGCUCUGCUGUGACUCACACAGGCAGACAGACGGAAUACUUCAAUACACGAUAAUCCAGCAGAUGGGAGCCAAUAAAUGUGUCUUGUUGCUGGUGUAACAAGCGCACACACACAGGCUGUUUGUCAUCCUUAAUGACCAGAGAAAGCUGGAUAUAACUUUAAUGAAGACCGUUUGGAAAACUUUUGUAACACCAAUGGCUCGUUUAAAACUGAAGCGUAUGUUCAGGUUGUUGAAUUUGUUUUAUUUUGGGUAUCAUUGAAGUCACAUUUUGAUGUAAUUUGACAGAAGCUUGAAGGCAUCAAUAAGGAUUUUUUUUAAGUAUAUCACCAUAAGCCAGUUGCACUGUGGUUUGUGUGUCGGUUGUUUUUGUUGCUUUAUUCAGUUAAUGCAACAACACUAAUGAUCCUGAUCCUGACCAGCCUCAGGCUACAGAGAUGUAUCAACAUGAUGCUGUUUAAUAAAAACCCAUGGCCUAUUUCUCAAGCACACAGGAACAGGUACACACAAGAACAUCUAUUGGCAACAGCUGUUCCUUUCUACAGGAGUGUUAAUCAGUGUUGAAAGGAACAUCAUGGCCAGGGCCUAGGUUUUUUGGGGUCAAGUGUUUUGUUUGCGUUCACUCUCCCAGCAAAGAAAGGCACUUACAACCAGGGUAGCACAACUAAAUUUAGGAGCACCAGAAAAGCAGAUGCUUUAAUGGAUUGAGAUAAAGCCUCUGAAUUCUAGCCAGUUUUGAAGCACAAUGCUGUGCCCUAGAAACUAAUAACCCUUUAAAGACAUUAUUAUAAAAAGCAAAAAUGUUGAUACAUUACCUGUCAUUUGUGGAAUAUUAUGUGUUUACAUUGGGCACUAUUGAAAAAUCUGUGUUGUUUAUGAAUUUGAAGGACCAAUAAAAAGGCUAAACUUC